CAAUAUAGGGCAGGUAUUUCAACUCUUAUGGAAGAAUGCCACGGGACUCCACUCUUGCCCAUGCACUUAAUGAGCUGGAAAACCAUUGCUUGACCUGGGAAGCUCUCAAGACAUUCCAGCCAAAUGAAGUGUUUCCCUGUGAAAACGACACUCAUUAUCUCUACCAAAAGGAGGACUUUAUCAUUGCCCUUGGCCACACCCACCGCUUUCCACUGAGGGCGGAGUCUCGGGGUGCCUCCACGCUAUUGGUCUCCUGGCGAGGGAGCCCCCGUGUCCCCCCCGACCCCCUGCACAGAGUGGCGCUGUACCGGCCGGACCUGGACGGCCUGGCGGUCCUGUGCAACGAGACCACGCGCAGGGGGCACUACCGAUUCGCUGGCCUGGACGGCUGCCGGAGCUACGUGGCGUGUGUGGAGAUGGCGCUCGGCCCCGCGGUCCUGUGCCUCACCGCGCUCACCGAUCCUGACGUGCCCAGGAACUUCAGGGUGACCGCUUGGGACAGCAACAGCGUGACCGUGGGAUGGGACUGCCCCCCGAGCGACCCCGCCUCGGGCCUCACCGCCUUCCUGCUCACGGUCUUCCACGUGGACGGCUCUGGCCACGUCCUGGAGGAGAGGAGCUUCAGACACACGCUGGGCAGCCCGGUGUUCACCGUGGGCAACUUGCCUCCCUGUAGCAGGGUGCAGCUGGGGCUUCAGGUGGUGUGCCAGUCUGUGGGCCAGUCUGUGGGCCAGUCUACGGGCCAGUCCCGCCUCAGCAGGAUGGUCCUCAGCGAUGGAAACUCUGGUAUAGCUACAUCGCGCCUGUGUCUGGCACCCACUGCAUAUGACCAAAAGUAUCUGGACACCCCUUGUUCUGGGACUGUUCUUCAUGGUUUGGGCUAGGCCCAGUGACGGCAAAUCUUAAUGCUACAGCAUACAAUCACAUUCUGGAUGAUUCUAUGCUUUCCCAACGGUUUGAGAAUGGUGUGGAUGAACUUGACUGGCCUGCACAGAAACCUGACUGCAAGUCCAUCCAACACCUUUGGGAUUGGAAAGCCAACUGUGAGCCAGACCUAAUGGCCCAAUCAGUGCAAAUCCCUGCAGCAGUGCUCUGGUAUCUUGAAUAGGGCCUUCCCAGAAGAGUGGAAGUUGUUAUAGCAACAAAGCGUGGGCCAACUCCAUAUUAACAUCAAUUAUUUUGGAUAAGAUGUUGAAUGUCAGGUGUCCACAUACUUUUGGCCAUGUAUUGGUUGUGUGGUGUACAAUACAGUUCAGACCAAAAGUAUUAGGCCAUCUGCGGGUUUAAAAAAUAAUAAUUUUUAGAAAAAACUUUAGGUAGGGCGGAAUUCAGUUAAUUUAUGGACAUUUAUUGAAUAACGAACCAAAGUACAGACAUUUUCAAUUUCUACCUACAAUAACACAACAA